AUGUACACUACGACAGCCAAACAGCCCACAGUGGUGGGGGAGCGCGCUUUUUCCAUGUCGGAGAAAGUUCUCACGUUCCCUUCCGCCGUAACUUCAAUGACAGUUACCCCGGAUCACGUGUGGCUGGUCAUGUCUGACGGAGGUGUGCAGAUACGUGAUGUUUCCACCACGGAGUUGGUUCACUGCUUCGCUAGCGCAUCAAGACCGAGGCGUGUGGUACGUAUAUGGUCGAUUCUCGCUGUUCCAGAUCCUGCUGUGGGGUUACAGGUAUGGAUGGGGCUGUCCAAUGGUGCCGUCGAGGUCUAUGACGCACAAACUUUCGGCGUAUUGCGCCAGCAGACGAAGCACGCGGGUGGGGUAUAUUGUCUUGCCGAGUUUGGCGGGUACGUGUACUCAGGGAGCAGUGACUUCAAGAUUGGGCAGUGGUACGCCGCGGACGCACGCCUCGUGCGGAUGCUGCACGGUCAUAGCAAUUAUGUGCGCUGUCUUUAUGCCGAGGGCAACGCCGUUGUGAGUGGGUCCGAUGAUUGUACGGUACGUGUAUGGGAUGUAGGAAGCGGUGACGCCCAGUUAACGGGACGCUUUCACGACCGCUCGGCCGUGUCUGCUCUGUGUCGUGUAGGCAUUACGAUGUGGUCUGGUGAUGAUAGUGGCCGUGUUGCGGUGUGGAGGCUCGACACAUGUGAGGCUUUACACAUUCUUCAGGCACAUAGCGGUCGCGUUUCGUCACUGAAGAAGGUUGGAUCACGUGUGUACUCUGGUGGCGCAGAUGGCGUGAUUGCUGUAUUUGAUGCGGAGGAGGGUCGUUUGCUGAGCCACGUGAAUAAUUACCACGGUGUUCGUGUCUCUUCUCUUGUUGUAACGUCGGAGCUGCGACGGUUUUGUAUCUGGUCCUCUAGUGCGGACAAGAUGAUUCAGUGUUGGCACCAGGAUGAGUAUACUGUUAUGAUAGGUGAUCAGGAAAGGUUUUCAGAACGUUUUUGGUACGAAACAGGUUCGACACCGUACCGUGAGUUCCGGGACAGUGUUCUGAAGCACAUCGGUAACCUGCGAGAGACACUCAAGAUAAGAACGUCCGACAAUCCACGUUUAGUAGAUAUAGUGGGUUUAUCUAACUCCGCAUCGACUGUGGAGGGUUUUCGGAAACGGGAAGCCAUACUCAAUAAGGAGCUUUCGUCUCUGGAGGGUCGCCAAGCAUCACUGGAGAGUCAACUGGAGCAGUCGAAGGGAGUACUGGAGAAUAUAGAAAAGGAAACGAGCUUGGUGCUUGGCAUUCUUCGUGCAGCUCAAGCUGAGCUUCGAUCGCUGGACCCCGUUUUGCAUGGCUCUCUUCUCAUGUCGGCAGGAGGCGAUGCGAAUGGACCGCUUGCAAAUAUUGUUAGCACGCUAUCGGGUCAACCGGCAACAAUGACUAACGUGCCGAACCCACCUGGCAACUUGGCUGUUCCGACUUCUACCGCUGCAACGACGUCUGCUUGGCCAGCAAUUCCCUCAGCAGCUGCGGUGGGUAGUGGAGCUCAAUACGCUGCGUAUCAGCCCACUGCAAUUCAGGGGCAUCCCUUCUAUGUAGGCACUCCAGCAACUUAUACCCAACCUGCCUCGGUCUCGCACCCAGUCGCUGGCGUCAGUGGGGCGACAGUGUCCAAUUUGCAGAGCCCCGUUCCCCCAGUUCAGGUGUGUGGAACGACUCCUACUGGGGUGUCAACGGCACAAAUUCCUGGUGGCCAGGGUGUGGCCUUUACGGCAUUACAACCGGCCGGCACCAUGGCUGUGGGAGGACCAACAGGUUCAACAAAUGCUGUUCAACAAGUUCCCACAGCUGCUACCACACCCAGCGGCACGACUGCCGCAGCAAUGGUUGGCGCACUACCGCCUGGUCAGAGCACAGCCACCACAUCAGCCCAACCACUCGGAACCGCGGCUGCGGGAGCAAUGGCUGGCGCACUACCGCCUGGUCAGAGCAUAGCCACCACAUCAGCCCAACCACUCGGAACCGCGGCUGCGGGAGCAAUGGCUGGCGCACUACCGCCUGGUCAGAGCAUAGCCACCACAUCAGCCCAACCACUCGGAACCGCGGCUGCAGGAGCAAUGGCUGGCGCACUACCGCCUGGUCAGAGCAUAGCCACCACAUCAGCCCAACCACUCGGAACCGCGGCUGCGGGAACGAUGGCUGGCGCACUACCGCCUGGUCAGAGCAUAGCCACCACAUCAGCCCAACCACUCGGAACCGCGGCUGCGGGAACGAUGGCUGGCGCACUACCGCCUGGUCAGAGCAUAGCCACCACAUCAGCCCAACCACUCGGAACCGCGGCUGCAGGAGCAAUGGCUGGCGCACUACCGCCUGGUCAGAGCAUAGCCACCACAUCAGCCCAACCACCUAGCACCUUGGGUGUAGGAGGGUCAACAGGGGCUCCAACAUUUGGACAAAACUUUGCUGUGUCGCUGCAACCUUCGACUGCCACCACCUCCGUUGGGCCGGCUGGGUUAACGUCUUCUGCGGCAAACAUGGCAGUUUCUUCUCAGCCGUUGGGCGCCUCAACUGUCGUUGAUGCUUCGGGGCCACUACACAGCGGCCAAAGCCUGACUGGGUCGGCGCAUCCGCUCUCUACUCAGGCUUCCGGAAAACUGAUGGGAACGGCAUCGGCUGGUGAAAGUGUAACUACGCCCUUUCAACCAUUGGGUGCCACUGCAAAUGGUAGCUCUUUGGUGUUCACAACCGCUGGUCAGAGUUUAACAGCUAUACCACAAUCUCUUGGGGUCGCAUCUACCGGGCAGUCAACGGCACAAAUUCCUGGUGGCCAGGGUGUGGCCUUUACGGCGUUACAACCGGCUGGCACCAUGGCUGUGGGAGGACCAACAGGUUCAACAAAUGCUGUUCAACAAGUUCCCACAGCUGCUACCACACCCAGCGGCACGACUGCCGCAGCAAUGGCUGGCGCACUACCGCCUGGUCAGAGCAUAGCCACCACAUCAGCCCAACCACUCGGAACCGCGGCUGCAGGAGGGCCAGCAGGGAAACCCCCUGUUGAGCAAGAUUUUUUAUCCACGAAGCGCGUCGUUCCACCCGUUUCUCGUUGUGGAACCGCGCCCCCGUCCAAACACGUCCAUUUCGAGCAGGUAGCUGAAGCUACCACCAGUGGCGGUGUGGUCUACAGGGGCGUAGAAUGGACCAAUAAAAACGUCGGCAAUUAUAUCCAGCGCCGUUACUACGGGGCGGAACCAAGUCUUCGGACCCCGGCUCUUGAAAAGCGCAGGAGAUUGCAAGGUCGUAUGCCGGACGUUAAGUUAGAGCCGUUCAAAAGGAAAGACGAGGGAUGA